AAAGAACAUCGAAACCUAAUAGAUAGCAGAUAAGAGGGAGAGAGAGCAGAACUCCUCUCCUCCUCCCCCCUUCCCCCCCUCCAGUCUUCUGCGUAUCGCACCAUCAACCCGAUAGCCUCUCUCCUUCCGACAUAAAAAUCCAAAACCCAAAUCUCGUCUCCAGAUCUUCCCUUCAAUUGCCACAUUUGUGUUUACCUUUUUGGGUCCAGACAGUAACCUGAUUUCAAAAUCGAUGGAGGCUUUGGCUGAUUGAUUCCGUUUGAUUUCCCUUUUGGAAAGUUUUAGGGCUUUGCAGCUUGAGGAGUUGGUAUAGAUAAAUAAAUAGUUUACAAGAUAAAAGGAAGUGAUUAGGGUUUAAUGGCCGAUCGGAACUCUACCGCUCCCAAGCCUGUCUGGGUGAAGCAAGCUGAAGAGGCUAAGCUGAAGAGCGAGGCCGAGAAAGCUGCUGCGGCAAAAGCCGCUUUCGAGGCAACAUUCAAGGAUCUCGAAAAGAACCGUGAGAAAGCUGUGGUUGAAGAAUCAGAUAGUGAGUCAGAGGAAGAAGCCGAGGACUUGGCCAACAAGCCUAUUGGUCCGGUGGACCCAGCGAAGUGUACUGCUGCCGGCGCCGGGAUUGCGGGAGGCACGGCCUGUGCACCCUCCACGUUUAUGGUGGUGACCAAGGAUGCGGAUGGGAGGAAGGUUCUCAGUGGGGGCGCUCAGAUUAAGGUAAAGGUGUCGCCUGGAGUGGGUGUCGGCGGAUCCGAGCAAGAAGGGAUGGUGAAGGAUAUGGGUGAUGGAACUUACACCGUCACGUAUAUAGUACCCAAAAGAGGGAACUACAUGGUGAAUAUUGAGUGCAACGGGAAACCCAUCAUGGGUAGCCCAUUUCCUGUCUUCUUCAGCCAAGGUACUUCUGCUGGAGGGCUGCUUGGUCUGGCACCUACGUCAACAUAUCCAAAUCUAGUAAACCAAACAAUGCCUAACAUGCCAAAUUACACAGGAUCUGUUUCUGGAGCAUUCCCUGGUUUGUUAGGAAUGAUUCCCGGUGUUGUUUCUGGUGCUUCAGGUGGUGCUAUUUUGCCUGGAAUUGGAGCAUCUCUUGGGGAAGUUUGCAGAGAAUAUCUUAGCGGCCGAUGUGCCAAAACUGAUUGCAAACUGAACCACCCGCCACAUAAUUUACUGAUGACUGCCUUGGCUGCAACAACCAGCAUGGGAACUCUCAGUCAGGUGCCGAUGGCACCUUCUGCUGCAGCAAUGGCUGCUGCACAGGCUAUUGUUGCUGCCCAAGCCCUUCAAGCUCAUGCUGCUCAGAUGCAAGCACAAGCUCAGUCAACCAAAGGCUCAUCUGGCUCUCCCGACAAAAGUGGAAAGAGUGAUGCACUUAAGAAAACACUUCAAGUUAGCAAUCUUAGUCCACUUCUUACAGUGGAACAACUGAAACAACUUUUUAGUUUUUGUGGCACGGUUGUCGAAUGCACCAUCACUGAUUCAAAGCAUUUUGCAUAUAUAGAAUAUUCAAAACCUGAAGAGGCAACUGCUGCUCUGGCAUUGAACAAUAUGGAUGUUUGUGGCCGGCCAUUGAAUGUUGAGAUGGCGAAAUCACUUCCUCAAAAGCCAUCUCUUUUAAAUUCAUCUCUGUCCUCAUCUUCUCUACCCAUGAUGAUGCAACAAGCUGUUGCAAUGCAGCAAAUGCAGUUCCAACAGGCUUUGCUCAUGCAACAAACCAUGACUGCUCAGCAGGCAGCUAAUAGAGCUGCAACAAUGAAGUCUGCAACUGAGUUAGCUGCAGCGAGGGCUGCAGAGAUAAGUAAGAAAUUGAAAGCUGAUGGACUUGUGGAUGAAGAGAGUGAACCAAAACAGAAAUCCAGAUCUCCAUCCCCAUCUUGUGCAAGGUCAAGAUCCAAGUCAAGAUCACCAAUCAGUUAUCAGCGAAGGCGAAGAUCUCGCUCUUAUUCACCGUCAUCCCGUCAUUCUAGAGAUCGUAGAGCAAGGUCACCUUUGAGAUAUCAUCGAUCAAGGUAUGACAGUGAACGACGGUCAUACAGAGAUAAUAGGGAUGGUGGUGAAAGUAGGAGAUGGGAUUCGGGUAGAUCCCAUGAUCAUCAUUCAUCUAUUUCUAGGAGACACAGGAGUAUUAGCCCUGUAACAAGAAUAUCAUAUAGAGAUGAUUCAGACUCGCCUAGACGUCGCCGACAAAGAUCACCUCAUGGAACAAGGAGAUCAUCCAGGACUGGGUCAAGAUCACCAAAGCGCCAGAGAGGAAAUAGGUCAUCCCCAAGAAAGGACGAAGAUAAGAAACCAAUACACAGUAAGCGCUCGAGAUCAAAAUCUGUUGAAGGUUCUACUGACAGAAUGGAUGAAACUGAAGGUGAAAAAUUAGAGCAUCGUAGCAGAAGACAGUCCAGGUCGUUAUCAACUGAUAGUAAACAUCAUGAAAGGAGCAGGUCAUCUUCAAGUUCAGGUGAAAGAAAAUCGAAACAUAGAGGUAGGUCGAGAUCCAAAUCUGUGCAGUCCAAUGAGAAAAACAAUGAAUCUAGAGAUGACGAAUUGAAACGCCAUGGAAGACGGCGGUCAAGGUCAAAAUCCACGGAAGAUAAAUGUCACGGCCGGGAGAAAAGGGAUGAAAGCAGAGAUAAAAAAUCAAAGUAUCUUGCUAGAAGGCGAUCCAGGUCACUAUCUGCUGAGGGUUAUAACAGUAGAAACAGGUCAUCACAAAGAAGUUUGGACAAAGAUAAGUCAAAACACAAGAAGCGUUCCAGGUCAAGAUCAAGUGAACACAAACGUCGAUCGCGUGAUAAAAAUAGAGAAGGAUCAAAACACCGUGAUAGGCGGAGGUCAACAUCUCCAGAAGCUAAGCCUUCCAGAGGAAGUAGAUUGUCUCCAAAAAGUUCAGUAGAUCGUGAAUCCAAACAGUCAAGGCACUCCAGGCAAAAAUCUGAAGUUGAUAAGGAUCAUUUCGAUAAUGGAAAGAAUAAAAGCAGGCAGGAAAAAGCAGUAAGUCAUAGCCAAAAAUCAGACAUGCCUGAGGAUCCCUUUGAGGUAACACAUUUUGCUCAGAAUGGUUCAUUGAAUAUGACGAGUGAGGGCUUGCUGGUUGUGAAACAGGGGGCUCUUGACUUCAAGGAACAAGUGGAAGAUAUGGAAACAGGAGAGAAUCAAGAUUUAGCUCUCUCAGAGAGUUGUGCAAAUUCUCAAGAUGCAAGAGUUGUAAAAGGUCAGAUAUCAAACAGCAAGAAAUCAGAACUUUACGUCCCAGAGACGAGUCCCUGACGUAAGAGGCUCAUAAAAGAAGUUCAUCUGAGACAAAAUUUGAUCCACUUUUUGCCAACUGCACUGACAGAAAUCAAGAGAAAAGAUUUAAGGGGGAGAGCUGGGCAUCAUGUUGGGAGAUGCUGAAAUUCAUUAACAACCAAUUUAUUCUGAUAGAUGAUGGGCUUUAGAUUCUGAUAUUGGGAGCAGUUUCCUUUGGUGUCAGAUUAUUGUGCCAUUUGUUGGCUCUUAAUAAACAUAUGCCUUUUUUUCUCUUUUUAAUGUUUUGCAGGUAUAUGUGGGACAGGUUGGAAUAUGUGAGCUGAUAUUGAUAUGGAUGCCCACAGCGGACUAUCACAUGUUUGUAUCCAGCUUCUUUUACUGCUAGAUUAUGUGUUUUCCAUGGUGUUUCUCAUUCAAGCUUUCUGGGACCAGCUUGGCUGGGGUUGAUUUUACUAUUGUGAGUGAAGGUAUGCUGUCACUGCACGGUGGAGAGCUCAUGCUGUAUAGCCUAUGAAUUUUCUUGAUUGGACAAAGCUCCACUAAAGUUCCAGUGAAACAAGAUGUUGCUGGGAUGAAUAGCGUGAGGCUUGCACCUUGUUGAGUAUGAGGAGUUAUGCUGAUUCCCUUUUCUUAAUUUCAUGGUGAAAUGCAAAUAUCGUGUGUUGACAGGUAAUUCUCCAUGGAACUGUUUGGGUUUAACUUAUUUUGUCUUUAUGGGUCUGGUUGUCUGUCUCCCAAGGCAAACUUGGAGUUGAUUGCAAGUGAUCAACAUACUAGGCCGAAUCUUGUUUUUGUUUUCCUUCAUCUUUUUUUCUCCUCUUGCCUUGAGGGAGCCUUUUCUGCUUCCCACCCCCCACUCUUCUUUUGGUGGUGCUUGUUAGGAUGAGCAAAUGGCUGUGAGGGAAUCAAACCUUGAUCUGUAAGUUUGACAGAAUGAGUACUGCAGGAACUGGGUGUAAAGGAAAACUCUUUUUUUUUUUUUUUUUUUUUUACAUAAUUAGUUAUUAUAUAUACGCAUAUAGUUUGUUUGUUGUCUU